AUGAAACUAUUCACCACCUCCCGUCUUGGCAAUCCACUCCGCCUGGGAUGCCGCAGCUCUCAAAGGCGAUCUGCAAGCACUCUGGGCUCGGACAUUGCCCAACAGCUCUUGAGCCGACUCAAAGAUCGCGUCACGACGCGUCGACAAGUACUAGAUGGCAACCAGCUCCAGAAGCUCAGCUUAACUCUCAACCGACGACACCUCCACCCUGGCCAUGAUAUUUCUGAAAUAGCACCAGCUAAUGGCACAGCUCUGCCAGCGGGCUACCAUCUGGUCUAUUUCACUCCCAACGGAACAGAAUUUGAGUUGGGAGUCGACGGAACGGAUCGCAGUUUCAAUGCUCCGGCACCCUUCACACGACGGAUGUGGGCGGGCGGACGCAUGCAAUGGGCCAAAGACCGUCCCUUGCGCGUUGGCGAGGAAGUUGAGGAGCGGACCCGAUUGCUUGCUGCCGAGCCAAAGAAAAGCCGGGAUGGAACCGAUAUGAUAGUCGUCACUAUUGAGAAAGAGUUUUGGGGCUCACAGGGACUCUCUCUUACCGACCAAAGGUCUUGGGUAUUCCGCACAGAGCUCCCGGAGCCUCUGGCGAAUACUACUGUGCCUACCAGCUUGGUAACAGUACAAACAAAUGUUCAAACUACGCUGCACUCGCCGAAAGGGUAUCCAGAGCGCCAGAUGACGUGGUCUCCCAUAUCUCUCUUCCGCUUCUCGGCGCUGACGUUCAACGCGCAUAGAAUACAUUAUGAUGCGGCCUGGAGUCAGGGAGUUGAGGGGCAUCGAGGCCUUGUAGUGCAUGGUCCGCUCAAUCUUAUCAAUUUGCUUGACUAUUGGCGUGACGUCCACGCCGUUCCUGACGGCACAGGACCAAGCGAGAUUACAUACAGAGCACUGUCGCCUCUAUACUCGGGCGAGCGCUAUACGGUAAAGGCUAGUCCUGAGGGGCAGUCCAAGGGAACUGUCGAGGUUCUAGUGGAAAGGGAGGGCACAUUGUGUAUGAAAGGGAAGAUUUCAGAAUGA